UUUACCUUAGUAGAUAACAGGGCAGCCGGUCUUAUUCUUCGGGCCAUUUCAACAACCGCCGCGACGACGAUAACGACACCUCCAAAGCUCGCAUUUCUUCUCUCGGCACGUCUUCUGGGGCCUCCUGGAUUUUCAAUCUCUUUUGGAACUAGAUUUCCCUGGACCCAUUUUUCGCCAUGUUCUUCUACCGUCUCCGCCACCAUUUUGUCAGCUUCCUUUACAUUCCGUUGAUUAUGGAAAUCUGCGAUUGCGUUGGUGGGUUCUGCGCCAGAAGGGCUGUUCUCAAAUGGGUAUUUCUUGGUUGAGAUUUUUUCCUUUUUGUUGGUGGGCUGUGGGUUUUUUUGUGUUCGUUUAUUGGGUUGAGCCAAAAUUGGAUGCCUAUUAAGAAAUGGCUUCUGGGUAGCGUUGAUUUUUCUAUGAUAUAGCUUGAUUCUCUAGAGCUUGUGAAGGAAAUGCGGCCUUAAACUUUAUAUUUGAUUCUGUUCAAUCUCUCUGUCUGCUCGAAAUCGUUUAUUUCUUCUAGGUUCAUGAGUAAUUUGUACUGUUAAAUUUUGCUGCCAAUUAAUUCAAAUCUGUAUUUGAGGCCGCUGGGGAUAGCUCCUGGUUAAUUUCAAGGUAUAGAUGUCGCCUAGGUUCCCUUUCUACGGAUAAAAAAUGGGGAAUGUUAUGCUGUUUUAGCUUUGUUUUUUUCUUUGUGCAAUAGGGUUUUGCUUGUAUGAUUCACUGGGCUUGCUGUAAUGGGAGUUAGAACAAAAGGGGAGAUUAGGAUUGUGGAAUUUGGCUAGAGUCUUUGGUUGUGUAAGGGAGUGUGCUGAAAUGGACUUGUGGGUAGUUGCUACUGCUGCUGGUGCUGGAUACUUAGCCAAGUAUUGGCAGAAACUGUUGAGGGAUGGGAAUAGCUCAUCUCAGAUGUCUUCUAGGAAUUCAAUUAACGAGGAAGUAAGAUCUCUGGAUCAUCCCUUCCACGAAACAGCUCGAAGAACGAAAGCAAGUAGAGAUAUCCUGCCUGAUGAAGGAGAGGUUUUGAAUGAGAGAGAUUUUGAUACAAGUCUAUUCAAUGUGGCUUCUACAAAUGGUUUUGAUUGUGAAAAGAUGGAAAGUUUGGGGAAUUACCAGGACUAUAACGAUCUUCGAGUAUCCGAUUUGCCACUGGAAUUAUCAUUGAGUAAGGACCCUCGAGCAUUUGGCCAUAGAAGUAGUAUGAACGUGAAUAUGGACGAUAAUAUUACUGAUCAGCUACCUUGUUCAUCUUCUAGAGAAUUGAACUGGAUUCGGCCUACUGUGAGGAAAAUAGGUUCUCUUAGACGUAAACGUUCGUGUGGGAGAUUUAUUAGACCGCUUAGUUCGUUAGAUAGUUGUGUGCUGUCUCAUCUUUACAAGGAACACAUUGAAAUGGAAGAGUAUAUCCUACAUUCGUUUCAGUCACCAUCUGAAUCAACCAGGAGGCAGCUCGUUGUAAACGGUGGAACCCGGAUGGUCAGCCGGGCAGCUAGGGAUUCUUUUAGUGUUCAGGUUGAUAUGGAUGCAAGUAACUUCCAUAAAGAGCCAUUGAUUGAAAAGAACAGAAAUGUGUGUGGAUUACCUUUGCUUCCCAAAAUACAGUCUUUGAAGAACUAUGAGAUGAUAGACAUCAAGGGAGAAAGGAGACAAGGUGGAGCAAGCAGUGGCAGUCAAAUGCAUAAUGAGAAGCUCCUCCAUGGAGAAGAUCGAAUGCUUCCGUUCUAUCUUGGAUUUUCGAUCGGCUUAAUAUCAUCUUACGUGGCAAAUAAGCGAGAAAUAGACAAGCUCAAAGAGUUAUUAAAGCAUACUGAGAACUUGGUUCAAGAUCUGCAAGAGGAACUUGAGAUGAAGGACUCUGUAACAGUGAAGGAGCUUUCAAAUGAGAAUUGUGAAUCACUAGACAUAUCUGAAAAUUCGUUCUUCGGUAGGAGAGAACGGAAUCUCAAUUCUUCGGCUAAAUCUGAUGAUAAGGAAUUAUUCGAACAAAACGCUGAAGAGGGGUCAGAAUCUCUGAGUAAAAUUGAAGCUGAGCUUGAAGCAGAACUCCAGAGAUUGGGACUUAAUACCCAUACGACGAGUACAGAUAAACGAUUUUCUGAUCUUCAUGAGCUUGAACAAGAAUUUGCAGUAGAUUUCUCUGAAGGUGAGUUGAGAGCUGACAUUAUCGAUGGGCUAAGUGCUACUCAGAUUCAUGAAAUUCAAGUUGACAGUGAGAUUGCUUCUUCAGGUAACCACACAGUUUCACCCUGGGAGCUUAGCUUGCGACUACAUGAAGUAAUCCAAUCGAGACUUGAAGCGCGUGUGAGAGAACUCGAAACAGCCCUUGAGAAUAGCGAGAGGAAACUUCAGAGGGUUGAAACCAAGCAGAUCAAUUCUUGGAAAGGAUUCACCCCAAGUGAACUACUGGUACAUUCAUCUAGUGAAGAAAGUCUUACUGCUCAACCUCUUGUUAUGAAUUUAGCUGGAGAAGCUCUGGAUGCCUAUAAUGAGGCAUAUAAUGAGUUGAUUGAUACCGAUGACUCCGAAGAAGAGCUUGUGUGUCCACCAUCAGCAGUCGACGAAAGUAAGCAUCGACAAAGCAACACCACCACAAACGGUCAUCGAUUUUCAAUCCCGACAAGCCUCAGUAGGAUACUUGUUAAGGAGAAAAUGAAGGAUUGUGAUUACAAGGUUCAGCAGUCAAAUGAUGAAGAUGAAAGCAGUGAUUAUGAUGAUGAGAUGGAGAAGCAGUUGAUAAAGCAGAUUGUGGAGAAAACCAGAAAGGGAUCCCCUGUGGUUCUGAAUGCACAAAGAUGGCUGUUUUCAAUGGAUAAAGACAACGUCUGAACCAUAAUGUAAUACUGAUCAAUCAUUAGUGUAGAACACCCAACAUUACCAUCAAUUAUUAUUGUUCUGCAAUAGCCUUCUUUUGGUC